AUGAUUGAAGAUUACUGCCAAUCCAACACAGAAACAGGGGCAAUUAAUCUACUUUUACGGGAAAUAAGGUCUGUUUUCGGUGAAAAGUUAAUGGCCACAUAUAAACUCCCACCAAUCACUGAAGACAUAGGAACUUCAGGAGUAAACGAGUUUGUGUCUGAGGAAGUCAGAAUUCCGGUUCCUCCAGAAUAUUUAUCAUCUAUUGAUAUGUUAAACGCGGACCAGAAAUAUGCAUUUGAUAGGGUAGUAAAUUUCGUUAUGUUAGGCGAGAAAUCUAUAUUCUUCAUUGAUGGUCCGGGUGGUUCAGGUAUUGCCGCAACCAUGAUGUCAGGUGGGAAGACGGCCCAUUCUAGUUCUGCGACAUCAGGAAUUGCCGCAACUUCUACAUGCAACAUAGGCGCAGAAGAUCCUUUGGCAGAUUUCAUUCGAAAAGCUGAUUUGAUUAUUUGGGACGAAGCAACGAUGGCAAACCGAUAUGCAUUUGAAGCUCUGGAUACAACAUUAAGAGACUUGACUAAAGUUGAAUUGCCAUUUGGAGGGAAAAUUUUGCUUUUAGGUGGGGAUUUUCGUCCAGUGUUCCUUGUGGUUGAGCACGGGACACGGGCACAAACAACUAGUGCUUGCUUGACUAACGCAAAAUUCUGGAAGGAUGUUAAGGUGAUUCGUUUAAAAUAG